AUAACUCCUCCACCUCAACCUUCUACCCCAACACUUCGGACGAACGUAUAGCGGUUUCGAAGGCGACACCACCCACCACUCCCACCUUCAGACCGACAUCGUUCCUCUCGAAACGUGCACCGCCGCUCUCCGGAUCCUCCUCUGCCACACUCGACACAAUUUCUCUCCGAAAACAGAAGAAAUCGACUUCGACCGAGAGUCUGCUCGACUCCGCGGGACGCAACGUCAAGACUCGUGGGAAGGAACCUACGCCUCCUCCCCCUCCGACCAACACCAAAAAAUCCGCCGGCCUCUCCGGUCCGACCAGCAAGAUGCAUCAGACAAGCUCCCGGUUGCUCAGGAUGACGGACGACGAUAGGCCUUUCACUCGGGUACGUAUUCCUUCCGCUAUCGCUGAUACUGUCGAGAGCACCGUGACUGCUCGAGAGUCGAAUAGGGCGGUGGAGAUUGUAUGGUGGUCUUCGUGGUGGUGGUCAGAAUAGCAUUUUCCAAUGUGCCAAUGGAUGGACUUUAAAGAUUUGUUCUCGACGUUGAUCGUCAGUUUACCGCUAUCGACGCAUCGAUUCCGCUUCAAGACGUACCCUUUCUCUUUUGCGUCGGAGGAAGCCAUCAACAAUCUGGGGUCCCUUAAAUUCUCGCAGUCGAAUCGUAUGCCCGAUCCGAAAGACCCGAGUCGGAUCGUGACCACUACCACAACCACCACCUUCUCCAUGGCGAAGGAGAUGGCUAGGUCGGUGUGUCAGCGUUUCAUGGAUGCGCGCUUCAUCGAACUGGCCGACGGAAAGACGAUGCCCAAUUUCCCGCUGAAGGGCUGCUUGUGGCAAUUGACGCCGAAGGGGAUCCACAUCUUGGAGCGAUUCUGCCAGAGGAAUGGAAUCCAGCAGGAGCACGUGCUGAGACUCCUCAAUUCGCCGUUCAACACCAUGCGGCUGGUCAUCUUGGAGCGGGACCCGAAGACGGACAAACUCUCGCACGACAAGUUCACGACGGAGGUGAUAUUCCGUCGCUUCGCUGGGCAAACCCCAAACAUCAAGGCCAACAUCUCGAUAUCGGACAACGACUCGGUAUCGGACUACCAAGACGGCCAGACCGGGGUCAAGUUGGCGGAGUCACGGAAAAUCUACGACAAGGUGAUCAAGAUGUCCUUCACUGGCAAGUGCGCGGUGGACUGGUUGCUCGACUGUUGUACCACCGUGGAGCGUGCCGAGACGCACGAGAUCUGCACGCUGUUUGUGCAAUUCGGCUUGAUUCAGUCGGUGUUGGAUGACCGGGUGUACAUCCAGCAGAAUCCAACCGGGAAGGAUUUCCAGCCCACCAAGAAUGCUGUCUACAUUGUCACCGACAAGGGGAAGCGGGUGGCCGGAUGGAUUGAAGCCGAGAGAGUCAGCCUGGGAGAUCGCAAUGGCGACGGUAAUGCUAAUGGUACUUCCGGCCGGGGAACGUCGGCUGUACGGAACCGCGAAGAUAGAGGUCACACGGACCAACGGGAGACGAAUACCACACGUCUACAAUCCAUCUUGAGCGAUCCUGCUCUGCGAUUGCUCUACAGGGAGUUCCUUCGGGAGACGGUCUGCGAGGAAAACUUGACGUUCUAUCUCGACGUGACGGAAUUCAACAAGAACUUCAAUGCGAUCGACCUGUCGAAGCCUGAUGCCGUUAGGGAGACAUUGGCUGCUGCAUACGGUCUUUACAAUGCGUUCCUUGCCCCUGGCUCUCCUUGCGAAUUGAACAUCGACCAUCCCCUCCGGCAGGAUAUGGCUUCGCGCAUGACGCGUGCCGUUGCAAAAGACGAUGCAUCAAUGUACACUUCCCUCAAGGAAGUUGCUGCACUGUUCGACCGCGCACAGCAGCAGGUAUUCAAGUUGAUGGCCGGAGAUUCCGUACCCAAGUUCAUUCGCACGCACAAGUACCUCGAGGUUGCCGGCGACAUACUAGACGACGAGAGAAUCGCGGCCGGAAACGGCCUUCACCGAAGUGCCAGCCGGAGUGCACGAUACAACAACAACGGAGGAGACAGCCGAUAGUACGAGGGAGAUUUAUCUGCGUUGCAGUGACAUGCCUGUGGAUCGAUGGAGUGGCUGGUGAUAUAGAUGAGCGAAGGUGUUUUUUCUGAUUUUUUUUUCCUUUCAUAC